UGAAAAUUCCCCAGGCUUUAUUUGUUAAGAAUUUAAUAUUACAUGAUGAUGCUGAAAGGAAAACUAAAUUUACUGGCAGUUUUCUUAUACGUUCAAAGUAUAUUCUGUUUUUCACAAUAUAAACCAGGUGAUAGCGCACCUUCCUUUAUGAUACAAACUUUACAUGGUAAGUUCAUGUACAAAGAAAAAGCGUUAAAUGAUACCAGAGACUCGGAUCCGAUCAUAUUUUGUGCAUUCAAUAAGCACUCCGCAUUUCUGAAAGCUCUAUGGACAGAAGAUGGUUCUGUGAGAAGAUUACUGGAACGUUCUCCGCGCAAUACGCAGUAUGUUUUUUUGUCACAAUCUGACACCGCGUUAGACGAUGUCAGAUGGAUGCAACACAAAAUCUACGCCGAAAUGGAAAGCCUGCAUAAAUCGAAAAAAGAUAAAAUUUUUUCUGGAGAAUCAACACUCCUGAAAGGGGACCCGGGCACGCCAGAUGUAAGAAUCUUGUUCCGACGAUCUUUAAAGAAGAAAAAAUAUAUAAUGCAACCUGCUUUUAAUGAUCAAGAAUUGAUAAAUUGGAAGAGCAAAUUUCACUUUGCAACGUAUCCUCUUUAUGAGUUUGGUAACUGGAUUCCACUUGUUAUGGCUAGAUGGCCUUGUCUUGGUACAAAUUGUGGACUGUCACAAGUGGUUUUAAAAAAUAGCAAAGGAGAGAUUCAGCGUGUUUUUCCUCGACUUUCGGCUAGGUAUGAUUGGCAACCCAUACCAUUUCAUCCAUUAUUGAAACGUCAAAAACAUCGCUUACGAUAUGUGAAAAAUCCAUGUUUGCCAGGGAAAAAACAUAUCAAAACAGCCUUUAAAGAAGUUGCUCUGAUCCCAAGCAAUGGCAAAUGCUCGACAUUCGAAAAGGUUUAUGUAACAAAUAUCCAAAACGCCGCAAAAAUUGGAAUACAUUUUGUCUUGGUUUACGCUUUGGAAAACGAACCUAUAAGAGAGAUCAAAUGCAAACAAGAAGAAUGCUUUCACCUUCUUGGUGCUUCAGCAGCCAUGAUUUCGUUCAAGGAUGGUGAAAUUGCGAGAAAAAUUAUGAAAAAUGAAGACUUAUUUGUUGAGCUACAAAUGACAGUUCAGGAUAAUUUCUUUUUUGCCAUCGACAAUCAAGGAAAGCUAGCGGAAGUUGGAAAUUUCCUGUAUCCUUCAUUACAUUUUCUUGCUUACGAGGCACAAUGGUUUCAGUAUAAAUCUGAUCUACACAAGAACACCAGAGGUCAUGCAAAAAUCAUUUCUGUUUUCAACCAUACAAUAAUGCAAGGAAGUCAUGGAGCAACAAGGAAAAUUCUACUUCCUAAAGAUAUUUUCGAAUAUCGUAAUGUUGAGUUGGAUAUGUCACUUCGUUGUCCAGAGAGUUACGACUCGUCAUGUCCACGAUGGGACCACGUGAUUCAUCUGACAGUGUGUUGUCAAGACAAAAGUAAUCUUUGUGGUUCAGAGUUAGGUCGUUGGAUUUCACCUUAUGCUAGGUCUGUUGGAAGAUGGUUAACACCAAUUACUCCACUUCUGCCGCUCUUCACCGACAAGACAUGCACAUUCACAAUGAAGACAGUUCCUUGGGAAAAGGCUUGGGUACCGUCACUUAAUAUUCGUUUUUCUGAUCAUAUCUCAGAUGACGAACACGGAUACAGCAAAAGACGAUAUACAGAAAAUCUUAUUCCUCAAAAAAUACUGAAGCUUUACACUGGAGGGAAAUUUGAUAAGGAAUACAACUUAAAGUAUAACGAAAUCUCAUUCACACCUCCCAGCUGGAGCAAACAAGUGAAAUUGAUCGCCAUUAUCACUGGUCAUGGAAAGGACAACAAUGGAUGUGCAGAGUUCUGUGUGACCUCGCAUCAUUUUGUCGUAAAUAAUGCAUCUCCAACUGUAAUAGUUUUUAGGAAUGCUGCAAGUGCAUUGGGUUGUGCUCUGCGCGUCCAGGGUGUGGAGCCAAAUGAGCAUGGAACUUGGUUAUAUGGUCGCGAUGGUUGGUGCCCAGGCCAAGAGGUCGUACCUUUGGUUAAAGAUAUUACAAGCAAAGUCAAAUUAAGUAAAAACUCCAUUAGAUAUUUUGUUUUCAAUGGAACUGACCCCAAUCCUAAAUAUUCGCCUGGGUACAUCGAUAUGACUUCUUACUUGAUAGAUUUAGAUUUGAGGACGCAACGUCUAAGACGACGUGAGUUGACCGAGGCAAUCUGGGUCGACUACGCCGUCGUCUUUCAUGUGAAGAGUGAUUUAGAUUAUAUGAGAAGACGACAAUUUUUACGAAAAACGAAUUUCAUCAUUUAUACGAUUUUACUGAGUUAUUUGGAAAUUGUUUCUAUAGUCGCUGAUAAUUCAAGACAUUAUGGAGGAUAA